GAAAAAGAUGAAAACUCCAAAGACUCAACGGCGGAAAAAGACGCUGCACCAGCAGCGGCGGCGGCUGGCUCGCCAGUGGCGGCAGAAGCAGAAGUAAAAGAAAAUGGGGUCGCGGAACCGGAAACGGCGACGGAAGAAGCCGCCGCCGGGGAUCAGUUGAACGAAUCAGCGCUGUCAUCGGGCGAGAAGACGCCAGAAGGAGCCACCGACGGAAAGACCGAAGAAACGGAGGGCAAGAAGAAAGAUAAGAAAAAGAAGAAAUGGUCGUUCAGGAGCAUAUCAUUUUCGAAGAAAGACAAAUCGAAGCCAACGACUACGAACAAAGAGGGAGAGAAGAAUGGUGACGUGAAAGAGGUCGCAGAAGAGGUGAGCCACUUAUCAAAAAAGCUUAUUUUUAUUUCCUUCAUCUCCAACAGUUAA